UCGUGACAUUUAAAAUACAAUUUACAUACUUUUAUCAUAGCUUUUUUCUACACUCUAUAGCUAACAUGGCGGGUGAUGAAAGUGACAGUGAUCUCAAACCGUCGCAAGUAGUAAUAGUGAGAGAAGUAUAUGACAGCGAAAAUGCCCAUGUUAAAUUCGAAAUGGAAUUGGAAAGAGCACUUGAGGCUGGUGUGAGUAUAAUAGUAAUAGAACCUGAACCUCUCGGAGAAGAAACAGCUAGAUGGAUAUAUGUAGGAAAUUUAUUACAUAAAGUUUCUCUUUAUAGUGGAUUAUGUAGCAUCGCAUCAGGCUUGGCAUGGAGUUCAUUAGCAUGCACACCUUUUGGCGUUGUGUCAAUUCUGUUAGCAGGUUGCUACACACUAUCCUGGCAGUGGGAUCCGUGUUGUAAAUAUCAAGAAGAAAAAGAUUUACGUCGUUUGUCUAAACUACCUAUCUUAAGUGAUUUAACAUCAGCAUCACCAGUUGUACUAGUGCACACAGAUAAUAGGAGAAAAAUAAUUUUACAUAGUACAGUAUCUCUAGCUGCAGCUGCUAUUUGUGUAUGGAGGAUUUAUAACAUUCUAAAAUGAGAUCAGCAUUGUAAUAUGUUUUGAAUUAUAAUUAGAUAUUAUUGCUGACUAUAUGUUUAAAAUGAACAUAGAGCACAUGCUUAUUACUGUUCUAUCUGUACCUUGUGUAUAAAGUAAUUUGUUAUAGAUUAAAGUGUAAUAUUUGUUACAAUUAUUUUAAUAUAUUACUGAUUAGAAUAGAUUAAUCUGUACAAAAAUGAUUAUAAGAAUGCUUUUGAAAUGAUAGCUGGUUGUUAAAACUAUUUUGUUAUAUUAUGACUAUGAUAAGUGAAAAAAAAGCCAUAUUUCACUGUCAUACAAUAAAAGUUAUAUAAUUUU